CAGGUAAACAGAUUGAACUCCUGACACCAAAACAUUGUCCCCGGGGAAGCUACAUGAAAUACUGUUUACGUGAGGUGGACUAGCCGAGCAGUAUGGUAACCGAAAAGCAUCCCUCCGAGGAACGGAACAGCGAAAUACAAAUUUCGACUGGUGUCAGCCUUCUCCGACAGAUUGGUUUGGUCAGCGCAACUUCGUUUGUAGUCGGUACCAUGAUUGGGUCCGGUAUAUUUGUCACUCCACAGUAUGUUCUUCGAUUCACUGGAUCCGCCGGUUUGUGUCUCGUUAUGUGGACAGUGGGUGGGAUCAUUUCACUGAUGGGAGCUCUAACAUACGUGGAACUGGCCAGCGUGGUCCGGCAGUCUGGCGGAGAGUACGCGUUUUACUACAAGACGUUUGGGCCGCUGCCCGCCUUCAUCUACGUCUUCACCGUAGAGGUCGCCAUGUUUCCUGCCGGGGCCGCCGUCGGCUGUCUCACGUUCGCCGAGUAUUUCAACUCCAUGCUGUACGACUGCGGCUCGCCAGAGGUAUCGAAAAAACUAGUGGCGGUUGCCGUAAUAGUGACGGUGAUGGUCAUCAACUGUUACAGCGUCUUACUUGCGUCACGAUGUCAAGUUUUCUUCACGGCUGCAAAACUCAUAGCGCUAUUCAUCAUCAUCAUAGGGGGACUGGUCAAGAUUGGACAAGGAUACACCAUGGAGUUAUCUACGGGGUUUGACGGCACUGUAGCAUCACCAGCGUCGGCGGCUCUUUCUCUAUAUUUCGCCAUGUUUGCGUACGGAGGCUGGAAUAAUAUAUACUAUCUUCUUGAAGAAGUUAAAAAUCCACGAAGAAACAUUGUGCUGGCCAGUGUGGGCGGGACGGCCUUGACCACCUUAGUGUAUGUACUGACCAACAUCUCCUAUCUCGCCGUCCUCAGCAAGCGACAGAUCUUUAGUUCAAAGGCUGUAGCCGCGACGUGGGCGAAUGAGGUGCUUGGCAAGGCCGCCAUCAUCAUCCCCAUCUCCGUGUUGAUGUCCACCUUCGGCUCCGUCAGCGGUGGAAUCACAGCCAGCACCAGGACGUCAUUCGCUGCGGCACGAGACGGAGUCUUCCCACAAUUCAUGUCGUACAUCAACGUCCGGUAUUACACACCCAUUGUUCCUAUCCUAUUCAGGACGAUGAUGGCGAUCUUCAUGGUGGCACAGGGGAGCAUCACCACCCUGAUCAGCUUCAUGACCUUCCUCGUGUGGUUCUUCACGGGCACGUGUGCCCUCUGUGUUAUCAUUCUCCGAUUCAGGGCCAAGAACGAUCCAGAAAGAAUAAAGAUUCCUAUUGUGAUUCCUGUUUUGUUUCUUCUCAUAUGCAUUUUCCUCCUCGUCACGCCCAUUGUUCAAGAUCCUAAGUUGGAGUUCCUCUACGCAGUCAUAUUCUGCUUGGGGUCAACUUUAAUCUACAUACCCUUGGUGCACUACAAAGUCAAGCCAAAAAUCUUAGAAAAGCUAGAAAUGUGGCUUCAACUGAUAUGGGAGGUAGCCCCACCGAGCCAAAAGAAAGAGACCUGGUGAUCGACUUCUAUGUGUAUACUGUCUGUAGAUCUGAGUGGUGGAGAGAAAACAAUACAUUCUGGACUAUGCAAAGAUAAAUAAUAAUAUUCUGGACGCACAUUAUCAAAUAUAUAUAUUUACUUGUCCAUCCACAAUUAUUAGGAUACUAUUUGUGUUGUUAUCGCGAACGUUAGCGUUGUUCACUGUCGCUGAACGAAGAUGGGUAAUGCAUGGGCGUACAUAGGGGGGUUCGAUGGGUUCGACCGACCCCCCCCCCCCCCGAAAUUGCUUUUUUUAUAAUUUAAUAUAUCUGACAUUAUUAUAUUUACUCAACAUAGAAAUAUAUGC